GGAAUAAAACUGGGUGAGGAAAAGCCAAACUCACUCACAAGGUGAGGUUGCUGAAGCCAUACGCCAUGCCAAGACUGAGCACAGCAACACGACUCAAGGUAGUUAUACUGCAUAAGCAAGGUCUCUCCCAGGCAGAGGUUUCCAGGCAGACAGGGGUCUCCAGAUGUGCUGUCCAAGCCCUCUUGAAGAAGCACAAAGAAACGGGCGAUGUUGAGGACCGUGGACGCAGCGGUCGGCCAAGGAAACUUAGUGCAGCAGAUGAAAGACACAUCAUGCUUACUUCCCUUUGCAAUUGGAAACUGUCCAGCAGUGCCAUCAGCUCAGCGUUGGCAGAAAACAGUGGGACCCUGGUGCACCCAUCUACUGUCCGGAGAAGUCUGGUCAGAAGUGUUCUUCAUGGAAGACUUGCGGCCGAAAACAUGCCAAAAACAAAGGAACUUGUUUCGUCCAGCUCAUCUGGCAGUGACUCAGAUAGCGAGGUUGACCAAAAGCCUAAAAGAAAAAGCCAACCCCCUCCAGAGAAAGAAAAACCUGCAAAGAAACAAAAAACAGGUGAAAGUUCUAAAGGCGCCGCAUCCUCCAAACAAAGCGGCGGCAACAAAGAUGAUAACAUGUUCCAGAUUGGAAAAAUGAGGUAUGUCAAUGUUCGAGACUUUAAAGGGAAGGUCCUAAUUGACAUCAGAGAAUACUGGAUGACUCCAGAAGGAGAUAUGAAGCCAGGAAAGAAAGGUAUUUCUUUAAAUCCUGAACAGUGGAACCAGCUGAAGGAGCAGAUGUCUGAUAUCGAUGAUGCAAUAAGAAGACUGUAAAAGACCCUUAAUUGCAGUGAAACCUCAAGCUGUAGUUUUAAGCACUCUUUUUACGUUUUGCAAUCGUUUUCUACUCCCCCCCUCAUUUUACCAACUAUUGUACGUUUUGGUUAGCAGAACAAUUUGACACAUGAAUCAUUUAUGUGCAUUUCAGUGUACACUGGUUUAAUUGAAAUCUUGUCAUUAAACUUAUUUUUUUUUCCGAAAACACAGUAAUAAA